UCUGAAGUAACUUCUCCAUCACUUCUUCAUCGCCAUACCGUCGUGGCCAUGUUACCCGCUUGGCUCAGCCCAGUCUCCUUGUACGGCGGUUUCAUCCGGCGGUGCCUCUCAGUCGCCGGCCUCACUCCGCAAUCAUUGGAUAUCGAUGACGAAACCACUCUCCACUUUUGGGGCCCGAACCCGACUUCAUCGCCGUCUGGGAAGCCCGCUCUGGUCCUGAUCCACGGCUUCGGCCCAAACGGCGUCUGGCAGUGGCACCCCCAAAUCUCCUUCUUCGCCUCCGAUUGCAACGUCUUCGUCCCCAACCUCGUCUUCUUCGGCCGAUCCGUAACCAAAUCCACUGAUCGUUCGGAGGUUUUCCAGGCCAAGUGUGUGGGGAAAUUGAUGGAGAAACUGGGGGUGGAAAAGUUUUCGGUGGUGGGGACGAGCUACGGCGGAUUCGUGGCGUACCACAUGGCGAGGAUGUGGCCGGAAAGAGUGGAGAAGGUGGUGAUCGCGAGCUCGGCCAUUAACUUGAGGAAGCAGGACAAUGAGGGGCUGUUUAAGAGGGCCAAAGUGGACAGGAUAGAAGAUGUGCUGCUGCCGGCUACGGCGGAGCAGUUACGGAAAUUGCUAUCGAUCUGCACUUUCCGGCCGCCUUCUAGAUUCCUGCCGGAUUUCCUUUUCAACGAUCUCAUACGUAAAUUAUAUACAGAAAAUAGGAUCGAGAAGGUGGAACUGCUGUACGGAUUAACCAUUGGAAGAGAUAACACGCCCAAAGUUUAUCCUCUUCAACAGGAAGUGUUGCUUAUAUGGGGAGAGCACGACCGGUUAUUUCUAUUAGAAAAGGCUACGCAACUCAAAGAGGUUCUGGGGAAGAAGAGUCGUCUGGACAUAAUGAAGAAGACCUCACAUAUACCGCAGCUGGAGGACGCCUCCCAAUUCAACCACAUCGUCAACCAUUUCCUAUGCGCCGCCGCCAAGCUCCAACCUACCUGAACCAUCAUUAUACUCCGGCCCGGACCUGUGUGCUAAAAUAUCAUCGUUCCCAUAUACGAUAAUAGUAUACAAUCCUCUUUGUCCAGUAACAAAAAGUUUGUUAAUUUUGACGUAUAACUAUGCUUAAACAUUAUCCAAUUAUACUAUGAAAACAUAUUCGAUAAUUUGGUUUUGUAUCUAUUUUUAAAACCAA